UGGAGGAUAUGUUGGUGCCCAUGAUGGACAGAUGGCUGGCUGAGGGCAGAGUGCGGUUGGUGGAGGCAGUGCCACACUCACCCAUAUGGACCAGCCUCCUCUGUCAUUUAGCCCAAGAACCUGAUCCAAUUUCUUCUCUUCAUGCAAUGGAACUCCCAUGUGGUCCUCUGAAAGGCCACAAGACUGAACUGCCAUCUUGGAAAGGAACCUCCAAGUGGGUUCCGUGGUUUCUAGGGAGAUUAGAAUCUACCUGGUCGUCACCAGCUUGUUUCUCUCAGAAGUGAAUGUGCGACCCAUCCGUUUAUCAUGAGUUCCAAAAGUCAGCACUGCGAGAUCCUACCUAAAGGUAGAAGUCGGAGGUUUAACCCAUUCCUGUACCGGAUCCUCUGGAGAAUCCGCCAGCAGUGGAACCUUUUGGGCUUCUUUGAAAUCAACGAGGAUCACCCACUCUAUCAGUUCACCAGUAUGAUAAAGAAGGGGCUCAGGGCAUCUGUCAAUCAUGCUAUCCAUAACCCAGUAACCACAGACGUCCUGAGGGAGGAUCAGUUUAAGGCAGUCCUCAGGCAGAUGCAUGAGGGCUUUGAGAUGAGGACAUACGCUGCUCCUGCUUUUACCCGGUUCCGAAAAUUUCUUGGCAUGGUGGAUGUCGAUUACCAACGGUCACUGACUUGUGACAGCUCAUACUUGCAGUUCAUCAGCAACUCUAAAAGCACGGCUGACUUCUUCCUCAGCAAUGAUAAGCGCUUCUUCCUGAAGACUCAGAGUAAGCAAGAAAUCCAAUUCCUUCUCACGAACCUAGCCAAGUAUCUUGAUCACAUGGAGAGAUACCCUCACUCCAUCCUCGUCAAAUUCCUGGGUGUCCACAGUAUUAUCGUCCCUCGGGAAAAGAAGAGAUACUUCAUCAUCAUGCAGAGCAUCUUCUACCCUCAUGAUAAGAUUGUUGAGCGGUAUGAUAUUAAAGGAUGUGACGUGGGCCGCUGGACAGAUCCGGCCCCGAAGGGCAGCGAAAUCAUUGUGGUUUUUAAGGAUCGAAACUUUGCUGAUAAGACCAUCUGCCUUGGUCCACAGCGUGCCUGGAUGCUGACUCAGCUUGAGCUGGACACACAAUUCCUGAAGGAUUUGGGCGUGAUAGACUACAGCCUUCUGGUGGGCGUGCAGCCGCUUCAUGAGGAUGAGAGGCUCCUGAGCCAUGCACUUGCCAACAUCAUUGCCAACAGCAUGUCGAUUGACACUAACAGUGAUUACCAGAACCAGAACUUUGGGAACGCCUUGCAGGAGUCUCACACGUCUCAUGGCUAUUCUUCUAGUGUGGACCAGUUCUACAAGCUCUCUCCCGAAAGCAGGUACACCAUCCAGAACAUGCUGGCGCUGUACCUGAAGAGGAAAGCAAACACAGACAAGGAGGCAGACUCUUCUAGGGGAAGCGAGACCUUCAUGCAGGAAGUCUUGGCUCCUUACGUGCUCCAUGGGAUCAACUUCGACCCGACUUCCCAGUGUCCUGUUGGAACAGAGGAGGGUGGGCACCCCCAAACCUUCAACCAUCUGGCGGAGUCACUCUUCCACCUGGCCCAGAACAGGCGGCUCCUUCCCAACACGCGGAAUGCCUUGCACGUGAUCGAUGGUCCUGACUAUCGCUAUUACAUAGGUAUCGUUGACCUGUUCACAGUCUACAACUUCCGCAAGAAGAUGGAGCAUUUCUGGAAGACCCUUCGGUUCCGGGAUAAAAGUUUCUCCACAGUUGGCCCCGUCUAUUAUGCUAGGAGGCUUUGCAAAUGGGUGCAAGACCAUACCGCAUGAACGCAGGGAGGGGGGCAGUUGCAGGAGGGCUGAGGGAAACAUCCCCAGACUGUCCCCAGAGUCUUGUCCCCUACAUGCCUUGCAGAGAAAACAACAAGUACACAAGAGCAAGCUUUGAAGUGACUGCUCCAGGGAGUUGGAGGUCGUUGUGGAAACUUUUUGGUGUCCAGGGAUGGGAACAUCUGCAGGAAACUAAAAUUCCCCUGUAUCCUGGUAGCUGGGUUAUGUCACAGGGCCAGAAGGGAACAGGUUUUUCUGCAGGAGUGGUGUGUAUUUUUGUGAGGGUGGGGAGACGUGUGUCUUGAAAAGCUGAGACGCUGCAACUGCUGGGAUUUAGAUCUGAAUCCUGGACAUUGUAAACAUCAUUGCUGCAUCCUGGAUAUGAGGGUGGUGACAAUACAGGAGUCUACAAAAGUG